AUUGUGUAUCAGCUCAGGCCCAGAGCGUGUGUUGUUUUAUCUAUUCACUUUUUUAACCGACAGUUCUCACAGCUUGAACUUCGAUUUGCGUAUUGAAAUAUUUUAAACAAUUAUUUAAAGCCACAUUAUAAUUGUUUAUAUAAUUUAUAUAGAAUUUUUACUAAAUCCGCAUAGUUUAUUUAAUUUUUUUUUACCUCUUUACUAUUGACCAUGGAUUUUUAUACCUUGUACCCGGACCUCAGGUAGUCCACAUCGCAUUACUCUGUAAAAGUGCACUUCAGGUGGGUACGUUAUUUCUUAACCGAUUUCGUCUUUUACCUUGUAAACUUGAGUUUAUUUUUUUUAAAAAUAAAUUAAUUCAAGGCAGUAAUAGUUAACUAAAAUUAAAUUGUACAUCGCUGAAUUCUCUUUUUACGGUAUUCGAUGUCUAAAAUGUCGUUGAACAACCCGAGUGGUGCAUACGGUAGCUCUCAAUUAUCUCUCAAUUAUUUAUAUUUUCACCCUAUUUUCACUCAAAUAAGUUGGUAUGGUAAAUGAAAUUUUCAAACUGAAGGCAAUAUUCACAAUAACUAAACAAGUAUUUAAAUUUAUGUCAAAUUAUACUAAAAUAUUUGUUUUAUAUAUAUUAUUUUAGCUGCUACUUGAUAAAUAUGUCGUUUCCGAUGGUCUUAGGCGACCCCUGUGAAUGGGUCGUUCGAACCCCCCCCCCCCAGGGGGCGGUGCCCUCCAGGUGGGGAACAGGGGUUAAAAAAAAAAUACGCGGUGGGGACGGUGCCGCAGGUGGGGGGGGGGGGGGGGGGGGUUGCGAGAAGACCCAGAAGAUGAGGUUUAUUUGCAUUUUUAUUAAAAGACUUGUUUAUUGAAGUCGUCUCAGCCCACAGCGGGCGGUUCGGUAAAGAAUUUUGUUAUCGUGAUGAGGUUCGGGGCAUGUUUAGAAAUCAAGAUGUUGUGUACCCUUGCUAAAAAAAAAGAUUAUGAACUCCUGCUCCAAAACUAGCGCAUUCUGGUUUCCAUUGUCAAACGAUUCGGAACGGAAAUAAUCCUGUUUUUAAUGGAGUGACCUCGUAACGCCAUAGAGACAACGAAUCCGCGUGACCUGGGCGAGAACCGUCCGCGGUUUCGUACAAAAGAGACGGAAAUAUAGAGAGACGGGAAUAAAUAAAUAGAGCACCGGUGGGAUCUCUUACUUUGUCGACUGGAAUACUUGGGCUUGAGGUCAGCAUAGCACAACGUUCAAACGGAUUGUACUUUUCAUCUCGAUGUGUUAUUGUUGUUUUGUUUGUUUCGUUCUUGUUGUUUAUCUCUCUCUCUCUCUCUCUCUCUCUCUCUCUCUCUCUCUCUCUCUCUCUCUCUCUCUCUACAUAUAUAUAUAUAUAUAUAUAUAUAUAUAUAUAUAUAUAUAUAUUUUUUAAUUUGAUAACUUUCUGCUUUUAACAAAAUAAAAAUCGAAAAUCUUAAAAACAUCGUCCCUCACUGCGUCUUUCAGUGUUUCCCCCUCCCUCCCCCACCCCCACCCCCUUUUAGGGCGCAUGCAAGCGGAAGCCCCGCCCGGGGCAAAAAUACUGAAAUUAGGUACACUAUAACACAAUAUAUUUAUAUGACACAUUUGAGCAUGAACAAUAACGAUUUUGAUUUACUCUUUAAACGCCCCCCCUCCCUUUUUCACACGGUCUUGGCCCUCUCGGCCGCCCACCCCCCUCCCCCAAUAGCCUCCUAGUGAAUCUGUCAUUGUCUUCUUUCUCCACCAUCACCCCCAUCUCCCCCCCUCCCACAACCUCUAACACAACCUUUUGACGUUACAGGUGGACGUCACGUAUUUUUUUUUUUUUUUUUUUUUUUUUUUUUUUUUUUUUUUUUUUUUUUUUUUUUUUUUUUUUUUUGAAAUAACUAAUCUCAAACUUGAUUUGUAUCUUCAUUCAACUCGAAAAUACACACACACUCCAUGUAUAACGUGUUCGUUUUUCGCUUCACUGUUAUUAAAAUAAUAGAGACAAUAACGUCAAGUCAAUAAAAAUAUAUUUUUUUAUUUUUUUUCUUGUUUAAAUCGUUCAUAAUGUUGUCGACGUUUAGGUGAGCAUUCCGUUUUUAUGUUCUCUUUGGCGUCAUAGGGUUGACGGUGAUUCUAAACACGAAUGAUCCACCAUGACUAAAAGGAAGGGCCUGUUCCUGAUACUUCUCCUUCUGGGUUUGGUCGUCUGUGUGAAGGCAAGUUCCUUUUUUUUUUUUCCUUCGUUUGGUUUAACAGUGUUGUUGUUUUUCCACAUUUAAAUCUCUUAAGCUGGUAAGUUUGUUGUUUUUGUAGCGUUUUGAUUGACUUGAGAUAUUAAAUUGACUAUUAUGUGGAUAUAUUUUCAAUGCCAUUUGUUUUUUUCUCCCAGUAUUUUAAGGAUGUUCCUAUAAGUUUAUGGGCACAUAGUCUCGAGGACCUACAACCGAGCUGGGUAAAAUUACACCCCCUUACUCAACGCUUAAAGAGGCAGCCUUUUACUCAACCGUUAGAACUACAGCCUCUUGCUACACCGUUGAAGCUGCAGCCCCUCAAUGCCCAGCAAGAGUUAAAGCCCCCUGCUCAGGUGCUAAAAUUACCCACGAUUUACAGCGAAGGAAAAAGAAGCGGAAACCGGAAGUUGGAGGACGCCAUUUUAAAAACGCCCACUUCCGAAAAGAAAGAUUUUAGUUUUCGGAUAAACGAUACGGCAUCAAAGGGGAUACACGAUCCUAAAAAUAGAACCUACGUCAUUCAGCUUUUGGUGAAGGCCCUGAGAGGUAAACUCUCCUUGGCCCACGCCACGGAGAACAUCACCGGCAUCAACACCAAAUGCCGUGAUCUAAAAAUAGAGCACGUGGACAAUUGUAGCGUCACGGCUGUCUCACCGUCGUGCCCACAAAGACAUUUACCGGAGAGGUUGGAGGCGAGAAUCGAACAGCUGGUGUUCCGAGACGAGCUCCAGAUAUCCGAGAAGUAUCGUGGCGUCAUCAAAGCCAUGAGCGGCGAGCUGUCCGGGGCCCAUGACGUCAUCUUCGUUAGCGGUCUCUCGUCCAAUCAUUAUAAGGAAGCACAGGUACAUACGGAAUAUAUGUGGGAGCUAGCAGAAGUUGCUGUACCUUAAAUAUAUUCUAAUGGGGCUUAAUCGAGGGGCAGUUAGUUUGUUGUUGUUUUUUACACCAGGUCCGAUUGUUUUGAGAAGUAGGCCUACAAACUGUCCUACACCCUAAUCUAUGGUGUUCGUCAGUCGGACCACUUUAAUCAUCAGAGUUUGUGCUGGUUCUGUCUAUGGGUGCGCUGAUGACUAAUGAGGCCGAUUCUGGCACGAAAUUCUCUUGUACAGUAGGUGCAGGGAAAGGAUGGCGCAUCUCAGGAAGCAGAGUCAGACCGCGCCUUCCUGGCAUGGCUCUUGCGCUCUGCAGCCGCUGUUCUGCCAACUUCAUGUUGCAUGGGGCUCCCGUGCAAAGUGGAACGCCAUGAAGUUCAAUCCUUUCCUUAUUCUUCCUACGCGUCUGGGUUUAUGUGGAACGUUUUCAGUGAGGCUUAUAUGUUGUCUUUAAAGCGUUUUUUCUGUCCGCCAGCAGACCGCUUCCCUCGUUCAAGCUCUCUAUAGAAAAGUAUUUUGGGAAGACGGUCAUCUGAAAUUCUCACACAAUGUCCAUCCCAGCGAACUAGGAUUUCAUCAAGAUUGUGAAGAUGCUGGGGAGACCUGCCCGUGUGAGCACCCUAAUAUUCACCUUAUUGAAGAUGAACUUUCUGAUCAUAAUGAGGAAACCGCAACUUAAGAUGUAUAGUUAAAAUAAAAGGAUGUAGUGGCACACCUCAUUGCACGGAAGAUCUAAACGCUUUUGACAUUGACCGAGGACAUAAUACAUUUUUUUAAAAGAUGAUUUGACAUUUCUGUCAUUCAUUAAAUUGACUGGAAUGAUGCAUGUCGUCUGUUGUUUAUUGAUUACUGACAUGUCAUCUAUUGAUUAUUCAUUACUGCUUGGUGAUCAAUUGAUUUUUUGCUUGUUUAAUUGACCACUCUCUUCUCAGUUCUAAUCAGUCGGCCUAUAGACAUUUCCACAGCACAGAGACGGCUCUCUUGAGAGUGACCAAUGACCUCUUGCUCGCAUUGGACAGUGAUGAUAUAUCCAUCCUGAUCCUCUUAGACCUCAGUGCGGCCUUUGACACUGUUGACCAUGUAAUCCUUUUCAAAACCCUUGAAAAUUACUUUGGAAUUUCUGGUUCAGUUUUGACUUGGUUUAGGUCCUACCUCUCUGAUAUAACGCAGGCGGUCUCUGUCGAUGGCUGUCUAUCAGGCAGUGCUGAUUUGGUGUACGGAGUACCACAGGGGUCCGUUUUAGGCCCGAUUCUAUUCACAUUGUAUACCAGACCACUGCUCCUCUUGCGUGGGAGGCAUACUGUUGAGAGCCAGUCAUUUGCAGAUGACAUGCAGCUAUACAAACAUACCCAUCCUUCUCUUGUUGAAUCCGCUGUCCAGACUUUGCGGGGGUGCAUUGAUGAUGUCAAGUCAUGGAUGACACUCAGCAAGUUGAAGCUUAAUAAUGCAAAACGGAAGCACUCCUCAUGCACAAUCACACAUUAUCCUCUACCUCAACUCUUCCUACCUCAUUUCAAGUAGUUAACUCUGACGUACGGUUUACACACUCUGCUAGGAAUCUUGGUUAUAUUCUUUCUAACAACAUGUCUCUCGAUAAACACAUAUCUCACAUUUGUCGUUCAGCAUACACCACUAUCCGUCAGAUCACCUCCAUACGCCACUACCUCACAGUUAGUGCUACAAAAACUAUAGUCUGUGCUCUUGUUCUCUCUCGUCUUGACUAUUGCAACUCUCUUCUGUCAGGUUCACCAAAAUACUGCAUAGAAAAACUGCAGAAAGUUCAAAACUCGGCUGCUAGGUUAGUUUUAAAGGCAAAAAAACGUGAUCACGUCACUCCACUACUCCAUUCCCUUCAUUGGCUACCUAUACAGGCACGCAUUGACUACAAGUUGUCUGUUCUCUGUCACAACUUUUUCUUGGAUUCCUGCCCUUCCUAUCUAACCGAACUUCUUUCUGUCUAUUCACCCCUUCGACAGCUUCGCUCCUCUGCAGACACGCGUAUUCUGUCCGUUCCCAAGACACACACUAAAACAUAUGGUGAACGAUCUUUCUCUUUCUGCGCCCCCAAACAAUGGAAUUCUUUGCCACUACACAUACGCAAUAUACCAAUCCCCCAUGCCUUCAAAACUGCACUCAAAACAUAUCUUUUUAAAUUAUACUACCCUGACUGAUUCCCCUUCUAUGACCGAUAAACGAUCUUGCUGGCUGCCGUCCAUGGUUUGCCUUGUAAAAGUUAUGUGGUGGGGUGGGUGAGUAUACAUUGCUGUUCUAUAUUUCAUAAAUGUAUUUUAUUUUAAUGUCAUGAUUAUGUCUCUUUUGAUAAAAAUGUUAUGCACAGCGUGGUGAGCCAAGCCCUAGGCUGGGGUACCGCGCUAUAUAAGACCUCUUAUUAUUAUUAUUAUUAUUAUUAUUAUUAUUAUUAUUAUUAUUAUUAUUAUUAUUAUUAUUUAUUGCUGAUGUGUAAUCUAUUUAUUAUUGAUUAUUGUGUCAUCUAUUGAUUAUUGACUACUGAUAUGUCAUCUAUCGAUUAUUGAAUAGUCAUAUGUCAUCUACUGAUGAUCGAUUACUUAUAUGUCAUCUAUUGAUUAUUGAUUACUGAUGCUAUGAACACAAGUUCAGAUUAAUCCACCCCGUGUCUUGUAGGCGCUGAUAAGACACGUUCAUGAGAAGAUCUUGCCCGUGUUCAAGAACUUGACGUUCGUAGUUUACAACUUGGGACUCACUGAAUGGGAGGCUGGUCAGGUCAAGAAGUACUGCAGGUCAGUGGGAGGGUGGCAGUUUUAGUUUACUGUACAAGUUUUAAACUAUCUUACUAUUUAUUAGUUUACUAUACAUCUUUAUUUUUUAAUUUGUCUUCAUUUUCAUAUUAGUUUAGAAAACUUGUUUCAUAUUGUUUGAUAUUACUUUUUGUGCAGAGAAAAAAAUACCUUACUUGGUUAAGUAGGUGUAAUUUUUCCUCAGCACUGCUCCCAUCUAAUUUCGUAUGUAUGUUUCUAAACAUUUCAGUUAACUUGUAUCUAAGAGCGCUCCUUUGAUUCCCGCUAAAACGGCAUGUUUACCUUCCACUUCAGGUGUACUUUCCUCAGCUUCCCCUUCCAUCUGUUACCGCCACACUAUAAAACCCUGAAAUGUUUUUCCUUCAAGCCGACCAUCAUACGAGCCAUGUACGAGAGGGCCGAUGUCGUCAUUUGGUCGGACACGUCUCUCAGGUGAACUCUCUAACCUUUUACACUCAUUCAGUGAAACGAUAUUAGCACGAGAGUAGGAUACACUUUUUAAAAAGCUUGUUUUUUUUUGUUUUUUUUUAUUUUUUUUUUUUGAAAACUUGAAUUGAGUGGGGGUUUGCUUGUCGCAGAGUGGGGUUUGCUUGUCGCAGAGUGGGGUUUGCUUGUCUCAGAGUGGGGUUUGCUUGUCUCAGAGUGGGGUUUGCUUGUCGCAGAGUGGGGUUUACUUGUCGCAGAGUGGGGUUUGCUUGUCGCAGAGUGGGGUUUGCUUGUCGCAGAAUAGGGUUUGCUUGUCGCAGAGUGGGGUUUACUUGUCGCAGAGUGGGGUUUGCUUGUCGCAGAGUGGGAGUGGGGUUUGCUUGUCGCAGAAUAGGGUUUGCUUGUCGCAGAGUGGGGUUUACUUGUCGCAGAGUGGGGUUUGCUUGUCGCAGAGUGGGGUUUGCUUGUCGCAGAAUAGGGUUUGCUUAUCGCAUUGUGGGGUUUGCUUGUCGCAGAGUGGGAUUUGCCUGUCGCAGAGUGGGGUUUGCUUGUCGCAGAGUGGGGUUUGCUUGUCGCAGAGUGGGGUUUGCCUGUCGCAGAGUGGGGUUUGCUUGUCGCAGAGUGGGGUUUGCUUGUCGCAGAGUGGGAUUUGCCUGUCGCAGAGUGGGGUUUGCUUGUCGCGGAGUGGAGUUUGGUUGUUGUGGAGUUGGGGGGGGGGUGGUUCUUUGAAUGUGGUUUCUUUGUCAUGGUGUAGGUUUUGUUUGUCGUGGUUUAAGGGUUGUUUGCAUUUAAGUGGUGUUUAUAGUCGUGCUGUAGGGUUUUGUUGUUGUUGUUUGUUUGUUUGUUUUUUUUUUGUCGUUGAGUGCGGUUUAUUAAUUACGAGAAAUGGUGAACCAUGCAAAAAUUGCACGUAAUGUUUUCUUUAGUGAGUUGACAUCAAGCUUAAUAAAAUGGAAAAGUACGUGAGUGUUAUAAGCGAGGCAGUUAGCAUCAAUAGAGUGCAGUCAGCUUUAGUGGAGACGUCCCCGGAUUACAGUAGAGAUAUAUUUACCAAGCAACAAAAGAACGUUCAGUGAGAUGCAGUAAUUUAUUAAGGGAUUAAAUGUCAAUGAUUAAAAUAUGAGUUAUUACAUUUAAGCGUUCCACCAGCAAAGUUUGGGAAAUGCAAAUAGGAAAUUGAAGAAUGUUUCGGCAUGCGGUGCUAUUUUACACUUGAAGAUUUUACACAAGGCCCCUGUGCCGUUUCAUUGGAUGCGGAAAACUGCUUGUCGCUACCGUUUCGAAAAUGUUAAACAAUUUUAUAUUACCGCCUUUUAUAUAUCAGCCAAUCGAGUAUCCGACUAAAGGGUUGCAUACCAUAGAAAUAACCCUCGAAGCAACGUCCCAUCCACUCAAGUUAUUUGACAAAACAUGCAUUCAAGUAACUCACUUCAUAUCCAUCCCAAUGCGGGCUAACUUCAUGGGAAAUUUUAUAAUUGGCCCGAAAUUUCGAACACACCGUUUCAGCCCUACAUGCACACCUAGAGAAUGUGUAACCUGUGAUUAAUUGGCACUUUGAGACCAGGCGUCGGGGCAAGUUUCAGCAAUGUAGAUUUGCUCGAAGGGAAAAAAAAAAAAAAAAAAAAAACUAAGCGGUUGAACGUGAUACCCCAAAAAAAAAAAGAACAAACUAAAAAAUAUAAAGAAAACAAAGGGGCGCUUUGUUCGCACGACAUUUAACUUUGAGACCAGGCGUCGGGGCAAGUUUCAGCAAUGUAGAUUUGCUCGAAGGGAAAAAAAAAAAAAAAAAAAAACUAAGCGGUUGAACGUGAUACCCCAAAAAAAAAAAGAACAAACUAAAAAAUAUAAAGAAAACAAAGGGGCGCUUUGUUCGCACGACAUUUGUAACCACCAACGUACCCACCAACGACAGACUUACCCCCCGACGCUUCGGCCCUCGCCUGACUGACAGGAAUUGAAUGUAAACAGUGAAUCGAGUUAUUUAUAGACAUAUAAGGGACUGCGUUCAAGCCGGGUGGACGUGAAUAAAAAAAAAUGACUUCAUUUCUUUAACCGCCUGUAACCUCCUAGUUAACGCAAGCUUCAUGGUAUUAUGGACAACCUCCCAGUGACUUCUACAACUUCCCGUGACCUCUAAAAUUUAUACGUGGCUUCUUCAACUUUCCGUGACUUCUACAGCUUAUACGUGACUUCUACAACUUAUACGUGACUUCUACAAAUUAUACGUGACUUCUACAACUUAUACGUGACUUCUACAACUUCCCGUGACUUCUACAACCUAUACGUGACUUCAACAACUUGCCGUGACUUCUACAACUUAUACGUGACUUCUACAACUUGCCGUGACUUCUACAACUUAUACGUGACUUCUACAACUUACCGUGACUUCUAUAACCUCCCUUGAAUUCUACAAUCCCCCUUGACUUCUACAACCUCCCUUGACUUCUACAAACUAGCUAGACUUCUACAACCUCCCUUGACUUCUACAAACUAGCUAGACUUCUACAACCCCCCUUGACUUCUACAACCUCGCUAGACUUCUACAACCUCCCUUGACUUCUACAACCUCCCUUGACUUCUACUACUGCCUGUAACUUCUUCAAUUUCCCGUGACUUUUACAUCUUCUCGUGACUUCUACAACUUCACGUGACUUCAGUAUUGUUCCUGCAUCUGGCCAGCUAAGUUCUGAUUUUUCUCUUUCUCUUUUCGUUUGCCGAAACGUUCUCUUUCUCGAUCUGUAUUUUUCAUUCAAGCGUUGAGAUAUCCCAAGCUACCAUUUUCCCCUAUAGAUGUAUAGCCUUUAGAUCAGUGGUUCCCAACCUUCCUAAUGUCGCGACCCUUUAAUACAGUUCUUCAUGUUUGGUGACUCAAAAAAAAAAAAAAAAAAAAAAAAAAAAAAAAACGUUUCUACUUCAUAAAUAUGUGUUUUCUGAUGGUUUUAGGUGACACCUGGUUGAGAACCGCUGCUUUAGAUCGAGGGCUAUAAAUUUAAUCCGAGAGUACAGAUGGGUGUGUGUGUGGGGGGGGAGGGAGAGGGAGAAUAAUUGUUCAGAUGAGUAAGAACAAAAGUCAUUACGUUAUAAUCUAGAGUUAACAAAUGUUUACAUCUCCUCCCCAAGCUCUCAAAUCUUCACACGUUUACAGGAUGCAAGAACCUGGGGCCUUGAAGCUCAUGGUUGACGGGGCAAUCGAGCGAGGCAUACAGCAACGCUAUUUGACGACAAACUAUCCCAACCCGUCACACACACUUGGCCAGGUAAACGUUUCUUCUAAUGUCUUUUCUCCACUCAAUUUCAGCAAGGUUCUGUAACACGCUCUCAGUUUGGGUCUGUAACAUGCUCUCAGUAAGGGCAUGUAACCCGCUCUAAGUAAGGGCCUGUAACCCACUCUCAGUAAGGGCCUGUAACCCACUCUCAGUAAGGGCCUGUAACCCACUCUCAGUAAGGGCCUGUAACCCACUCAGUAAGGGCCUGUAACCCACUCUCAGUAAGGUUGAUUCGUCACAUAAACUCUUGUCACGUUAAUUCUUUGUUACGCCAAAGUCAAUAUCAUUAAGACAGAAUACAGAGUAAUGUAUUUUCAAGACAUAAAAUCAAAUGUAAUCUACUCAAUUAACAGCUUUUAAUUGUGUUCACGCUAACAAUAAAAUAAUACAUUUGGUGUCACCUUAAGAAAAACGUAAAAAUGUAUAAUUCUCUACAUUCACGUCCAGAUGUUUCACCAUUUCGGGGACUCGCCUUGCGCACAUAUGGCGUUUAACCAGGUGGUUGGCGGAUUCGGUAUCUACCAUAGGUAAGCUCUCUCUCUACUCUCCUAGAGUUUUAUCUGAUAUAAGUCUCAAAAUGUAUGAUGAAGUUUUGGUAUUCUAGAGUGCGUCUGUAUUAACCCGUACAAUCCAAUGUUGAUGUUUUGAUCUCCAGGGAGCCUCUUAUAGAAAGGGCCGUCCUUGACCCCUGGCUAGCCUGCGCCCUGAGUGCCGAAUGCAUGUGUCCAGUGGACCAGCGAAAGGUCCAGUCGUGUCCGUACCCGUGGGGGACCAAAAAGAUUGGACUGUGCCACCGUGCUGACCAGUCCGCCAUGACGCUCAUCCUGGCCAAACUGUUCCGUGAGAAGUACCGCCAUUUUGUGGUGGACUUCAACAGACACCAGACGAGAUCCGGGAAUGACCCUGUCAACUACUUUGACAUUUUGGACAAGGUUGAGACCGUAACUAAUGGAACUCAUUAACGGUAACAUUUGGGAGCCUCAUUGGGGUAAACGUUGACAAAAGUUACAAAAUCUUAUUUUCUGCAAGAUCUAACAUUUGAUAUGUCAAAGAACUAGAUUUUUAGAUCUCAAAGUACUAAAUGCAAAAUGUCAAAGUAUUAAAUGCAACAUGUUAAAGUAAAAAUUUGUAACAUGUCAACGUACUAAAUGGUCACAUGUAAAAAAAAAUAAACACUUAACAUGAACGUAUUAGAAGCAAAUGUGGUUCAGAAGGCAGUAUAUACCUUCUAAUAAAUAAUGUUAUCAUUGACAUCAAUAAAAAAGAAAACAUAUAUCGUUCGUUGGUAGCAAACAUUAGCAUCUGGUAAGAUGGCAGAUAUAUGGUCAUUUAGUAGCAAACAUUAGCAUCUGGUAAGAUGACAGAUAUAUGGUCAUUUAGUAGCAAACAUGACAGCUCCCAGUCAGCAGCGGAGUAAAACGGGGUUGUGUACUGGCACUAACGCUCUUCUCCAUUUCCUUCUCGAUGCUCCUUCAAUUUGCUUUCAGGGAUUGUAAUGAUGAAGUGUACGUCCCAACCAGAUCUGUUCAAUAGCACCCACCUUCGUGCAAAGACCAAAGUAAAACAGGUGCUGAUUCGUGAACUGCUGUUCGCUGACGAUGCUGCCUUAAUAUCUCUCACAGAAGAAGAUCUUCAGGGGCUGGUUAAUUGUCUAUCAC